AUGGACGUCGAGCUGUACGUCUACGAUUUAUCCAAGGGUCUUGCGCGCAUGUACUCGCAGCCCUUGACAGGGACCCAAAUAGACGCUAUCUACCAUACGUCGCUGGUGCUGAAUGGCGUGGAGUACUUCUUCGGCCAGGGCAUUCAGAUCGCUAACCCAGGGAGCACCCACCAUGGCCAACCGAUGGAGAGAGUACACAUGGGAAAGACCGAGCUUCCUAAUGAAGUGAUUGAAGAAUAUCUUGGUUCUUUGGCCGCCAUCUAUACCCCCGAGUCCUACGAUCUCUUCCUCCAUAACUGCAACAAUUUCACCCAAGACUUUGCAAUGUUCCUUGUUGGGAGGAGUAUACCAGAGCAUAUCCGAAAUCUGCCUCGCACUUUUCUGGAUACACCAUUCGGUCAAAUGAUGAAGCCGCAGAUCGAGCAGGCUUUGCGUGGCAUCACGCAGGGCAGUGGCCCUGGCACUGUCCCUGGAAGCAGUGUUCAGCCAUCACCACCACCACCAUCCAUCUCUGGCCCUUCAUCUGCGGCAUCAUGGCCGAGUACUGCGCCCCAUCAGGCGCCUGCUACUGUUCGCAAUGUCAGCAGCCUGUCUCAGCUGGAGGGCGAAUUAGCCGCAGCGUCGACCUCGUGCGCUGUGAUCUUCUUUACGUCCGCCACAUGUCCGCCUUGCAAAAUGGUCUAUCCGACUUAUGAUGAGCUCGCAGAGGUGGCAGGGGACCGGGCCAGACUCAUCAAGGUUGAUAUCAGCACUGCCUACGAUGUCAGCAUGAAGUACGGCGUGCGCGCCACGCCAACCUUCAUGACCUUUUUGAAAGGACAGAAGCUUGACGAAUGGAGUGGUGCGAACCCUGGCCAGCUUUCAGGAAAUGUGCGGAUGCUUCUAGAGAUGGCGCAUCCAGCCCAUCCCCACCGUCAACUCCGACUCCCGAGUCUGCAGCGGUCGAUCUCCAACCUUGUCAUGUAUAAGAAGGUCCCGCCGUUGGACAAGCUUGUGCAGAAGCUGCCUACCUCUUUUACGGAGACCGCCAGCGUUGCAGCCAUCAUCGACUUUGUCAAGCAACGUCACUCUACUAGCAACACCAACACCCCAGCCGCAGAUAUCAGAGUUCCUGAUCUUCAUGCCUUCGCCAAUACCCUGCAAUCAAACUACACCACUCUCCCCAGUGAGAGUCACUUUGCCGUCGUGGACCUCGUCCGUCUACUCUUCCUGGACCCGCGCGCGAGCGGCUACUUCGCCGAAGAACCCCAGCAUCAAACCCUCCUCACAAUCCUAUCCCCACUCUCCACCGACAAUCUCUCCAACUGUCCUUACAACCUCCGCAUCGUGGCCCUCCAGCUCGUCUGCAAUCUGUUCAGCACACCCCUCUAUCCAGACCAACUCACCUCUGCCACCUCUCCACUCCGCGAAACCUGUCUCCGCCUCGCCAUCAACUCCCUCUUAGACUCCCACUCCAACCUCCGCGUCGUCGCAGCCUCCUUUGCCUACAACCUCGCGGCAUUUAAUCAUAACUCCCGCUUUGAUGGCAAGCCCGACGCACUCUCGGAGGAAGACCAGGUCGAGCUGACAGCGUCUUUGCUCGAGGCCAUGUCGCGCGAGGAUCAAAGUGUUGAGGCUCUGCACGGGCUGUUAUUUGCACUAGGUCUAUUCAUCUACGAGGCUCCGCUGGACGGCGCCUUGAUUGAUCUGUGUCGGGCGAUGGGCGUCGCCGAUACCAUUCAGGCCAAGUUUCAGGUUCCUGCUGUUCAGAAGGAGCCUUUGCUGAAGGAAAUUGGGGGAGAGUUGUUCGGAAAGGGACUGUAG